AUGCCUCACAGCCCACCUCAUGCUCCUCCUCGUCCUGAAGCAACGAUCCGAGAAGUAAAGGCCUGGAUCAAAAGCAUAGAUACCAACAACGACGGUGUUAUAAGCAAGGAAGAGCUGGCGACCGCGCUCCAUGACCUUCGGUUUUGGUUUGCCAACUGGAGGGCCGGUAGGGCUGUGAAGAACGCCGAUCUCAAUCACAACGGUUGCAUCGACACUCCUGAAGAGUUUAUGGAACUUGAGAGCUUUACAACAUUGCUGCUAAUGCUGCCGCCUUGCCCAAGGCCAAGUGAAUUGGGUAGAAGGGGGAAAUGGAGGAGGUUCUCUCCAUCAGAGUUCUGUCUUGCCUGCUUCGUAUCCUCCUCCAUGGGGGUAAUAACCCUCCAGUGCACCAUACCUCACCCCCCACCUCAAGCUCCUCGUCCUGAUGCAACGAUCCAGGAAAUAAAGGCCUGGGUCAAAAGCUUAGACAACAACAACGACGGUGUUAUAAGCAAAGAAGAGCUGGUGGCUGGGUUGCGCGGCCUUCACGUCUGGUUUGCCAGAUGGAAUGGACGGCGUACCAUGAAGAACGCUGAUCUCAAUGGCAAUGGUAUCAUCGACAACGAUGCUGAGUUUCUGGAACUUGAGAGCUUUGUACAGAGUCACUGGGGCCAUCGCAUCCGUGCAUAG